UGCCUUCGACUUUGGAUUCGAAUGCGUCUGGCACUCUGUAAUCAGAGAAAUUCUCCGUGUGAUUCGAAAGAACUUUUCCCGUCUCACCAGGUCCUUAAUAACACAACCAGGUAGUGCUUCCUCCUUGGCACUUGGAGGCGCAAAAGUACUCGCCACUAACAGUGCAGAAGAAAUCGCUCCUGGCCGCGUCGCCGAAUCGCGAGCACGUCUGAUCGUUGGCCUGGCAUGUGCUAGAUUGCAGUUAAAUUUAAACCAAUAUUUGGCCGAUUCCGCAGUUAUAAAGGCACUCACCUUGAUUGACGAGCUCGAUGGCAACCUGACUCGCUGUACUGCACGCCUGAGGACGUCAUACGCUUCUCAUUUUCCGGAAAUCUGUCGUCCGGGUUUGAAGGAUUGUCCCUACCUGUGUGACACAGAACUCAUCCGUCUGAUUGCUCACUGUCCUGUGCGUUCCGUAUUGGCAUCUUCUAGACAAUCAGAUUUGACCGCAUGCUUUUCCGAUACGGACAUACAAAAGCGGAUUAGAGAAGCUGCUCAAAAUUCAAUCGGGUGUGACCUCAACGAAGUAGACGCGGAAAAUCUUCGGGCGUUUGCGCAAACACUCCUUAAGAUGAUUGAGAUGCGGGAAAAAUACGCUGUUAUGCUGAGUCGUCGAGUGGAAUCCUUAGCCCCGAACUUGUACUCUUUACUCAACUCAGCCCUACCGCAAGAUUCAUCAUCUUCAUCUCAGAGUUCAAAUUCACUCCGUAUUUCGGAUAAUAUUUCUGCUUCUUUGGUCGCUGCUCGCCUGAUACUCAAUGCCGGAUCCCUAACGCGCUUGGCCAGUAUGACAGCUUCACGAGUGUUAUCCUUGGGAGCCUCCAAAGCCCUAUUCAGAAAAAGCGGAGCUGUGGCUGCUACUUCCACCGGGCUGCUGAAUUCAAUCUGCCAAAGUUCCAUUGCGCUCGCCAACGACCAAAUGUCUGUUGCCGAUGACGAGCCAAUCCCCAUGACUGCAGCCCGAAUGAAAGCGCUCAGCGGGAAUCGUUUACAGCCAGAUAUUGUACGCAGACGCGCGGCUCGACUGCUAGCAGCAAAAUCUUCCUUGGCCUGCAAAGCAGAUUGUUUCCGGUUCCACAACCCGGUCGAGAACGACGACGACGAUACGAAACAACCUAGUACUUCUACAGAGGAUCCUCGUCUAGCAUCUGGUGCGUUUGGAGUGCAUUUGGCGGCAGAUGUACAGCGCCAGUUGAAGAUAUGGGCGGAAACCAAUGGGGUUUAUCUGGAUCGCACGCGGAAACAAGAAGUGGCUCAGCGUCAGCGAAGGAAACGAUACCGUAAAGCCAAGAGGAAGGCUUGGCUUGCACGAAAGUUGUCUCAAGCUGCAACCGGAUGCGAACUCGCAGAUUCGGGAAAAGGGACGGAUCUGGAGAAUAAGGUGAAUGCCGUGGUGAUAGACGACGUCGAUAUGGACGCCACACUUGCAUCUCCAUCCCAUUCCACAUCAACUGCCGACUCAGUGUCACAGAACAUUGAUUCAUCUUUUGCACCGUCCAUCGGGCGCCAGUCUUUGCGCGGUAAACAGUGUCAACUCGUAUCGGCCACAUCUUAGUUUCGCAGACACAUGCACAGAAUUUAGUUGUACAUAUUCUGUCUUUCUGACGGAACAUAUUUUUCAGCUGUGUCAGUUGACUGUGUCAAUUCACACUAAACCUGCACAUUGAUUCGAAAGGUUUCUUUUGUAUCCAAC